AUUAGAUGGCGGCCGCGCCCAGCCAGGUGUUAUAAAACGAGCACAGACAGUGUGUGGUGAGGGCGGCUGCAGAGAAGCUUGUGUUCGAUUGUCACAGGAUUAAAGUAAGCACUUUUCUGCAAGAAUGCCUACCACAAAUGAAACGGAUGACCGUAUGAAAAAGUUUAAGAAUAAAGGCAAAGAUGUAACGGAACUAAGGCGACGAAGAGCUGAAGUCAAUGUGGAGCUUAGAAAAGCCAGGAAAGAUGAGCAGAUUCUAAAAAGGAGAAAUGUGUCCUCAUUUCCACAAGAGUUGCUUGACUCUCCUGAACAAAAGAUUCAUCAGGGUCCUCCACUAUCUCUGGAAGAAAUAAUUGAAGGUAUUCAUUCUGGUGAUUCAAGUCUUGAGCUGAAAUGCACACAGGCUACCAGGAAAAUGUUGUCACGCGAGAGGAAUCCUCCCUUAAAUGAUAUCAUUGAGGCUGGACUUAUACCAAGGCUGGUGGAGUUCCUGAAUUACCAUGAUAACAGCGUUUUACAGUUUGAAGCAGCUUGGGCCCUCACGAACAUUGCAUCUGGCACCUCAGACCAGACCAAAGCUGUGGUAGAGGCAAAUGCUAUUCCAUCCUUUAUCUCACUGCUCUCUUCCCCACAUGGACAAAUAAGUGAACAAGCAGUUUGGGCACUGGGGAACAUUGCUGGUGAUGGUCCAAUCUACAGAGACAUACUGAUCAGCUGCAAUGUGGUUUCAGCACUUUUAGUCUUGGUGACGCCACAGACUCCGAUUGGUUUUCUCCGGAACAUUACAUGGACACUGUCCAACCUUUGUCGUAAUAAAAACCCAUACCCGCCCAUUCAGGCUGUUAAGCAAAUAUUGCCAGUGCUAACACAGCUUCUCUACCAUGAGGACAAAGACAUAUUGUCCGAUACAUGUUGGGCAAUGUCCUAUCUCUCAGAUGGUGCCAAUGAUAGGAUUGAUGUUGUUGUGUCAUCAGGAGUUGUAGACCAAAUAGUGAAAUUAAUGCACAGUCAAGAACUUAACAUAGUGACGCCAGCCCUCCGUACUAUUGGAAACAUAGUCACAGGAACAGACAAGCAGACCCAAGUAGCCAUUGAUGCAGGAGUCCUGUCUAGCCUGUCUAAGCUUCUUCGUCAUCCUAAGCCUAGUGUCCAGAGGGAGGCAGCAUGGGCUCUUAGUAAUAUUGCUGCAGGAACCGCUCCACAGAUUCAGCAGCUGAUAACUUGUGGCCUCCUUGCUCCACUGAUUGAUGUUCUGAAAGAGGGUGAAUUUAAAGCUCAGAAAGAAGCCGCUUGGGCAGUGACAAACUACACAAGUGGAGGUACUGUAGAGCAAAUAGUACAGCUGGUACAUUGUGGGGUGCUGGAACCACUGCUUACCCUCCUAACGGUGAAGGACAGUAAAACAAUACUGGUUAUCCUAGAUGGCAUUUCAAAUAUAUUCAUGGCUGCAGAAAAACUGGGUGAGCUGGAUAAACUAUGUCUAGUUGUGGAAGAACUUGGAGGCCUAGAGAAAAUGGAGGCUCUGCAGACCCAUGACAAUCAUAUGGUUUACCAUGCAGCCUUGGCUCUUAUAGAAAAAUACUUCUCUGGCGAGGAUGCGGAUGACAUUGCUGUCCUGGAACCAGAAGCCACUAAAGAAAAAUAUGCAUUUCAAGCACCAAAUGUAACAAAGGAGGCUUUCAAUUUCUGAUGCAGGUCUGGGGAAAAGGUCAAAAGCUGGAAAUAGUAACUUGGUCACAAUAAAAGCAAUAUUUGUAAAUUU